AUGAAGCCCAUCAUUAUUGCUGGAUAUGACAGUGUUGCAAAUGGGGAAGUAGAUGAGUAUUUCCAAGCCGAUCUGGUAUUGGACAAGCACCGCCUCCGCUCAUUCUUUGUUCUUUGCAAUACAGGACGCCAUGAUUUGAUCGUUGGAUGUAAAUUCCUUGAAGAUGCAGAUGUCUGGGUUAACUGCAAGCGCAAGCAAUUCAUCUGGCCAGACAAGCACCUUCCAGAUGUGAAACGGGAUACCCUGAUCCUUACACAUAUUCCGCGCAUACCAGAGGCUCUCAAAGAAGCUCACCAAGCUGAUGCAGACCGCCGUGAUGCUCAGAUGGCUGCUGAGGACAAGUCUUUCACCAUUCUCAAGCGCUAG